AUGACUUCUUUCCUGGCCUUUGGGGUUUUUUUUUCUAUCUAUAUUAGUAUUAAAUUUUUAUGUCACAAUUAUCGUUUGAAAUCUUUUAAGAUUUUAAAUAAUCUAAGUUGUCAACUCAUGGAUUAAGUAUUGAUUUGUCCAUUUUUGUUUUUGUCGGGUUUACUUAAGGGAACAAGCUAUUAGAAGAGCUACGAACAAUUUGAUUAUCAUUUCGAAUCAAAACUUGAAUUUUAGAAGUGAGAUUUAAUCGAAUUAAAAUUCUGGGUUGAGCUCGAAUUUUCUUUUUCUUUUUCCUUCAGAUUUUCUCUGUUCAAUUCAAAUUUGGUCAAUGGAUUGCACUUACAAGAACCCAAAUGCACCCAUAGAGGAUCGAGUCAAAGACCUUCUUUCUCGAAUGACUCUACAAGAAAAGAUCGGUCAAAUGACCCAAAUAGAGCGAAGUGUCGCCACUCCUGCUGAUCUCAAAAGCUUUUCCAUCGGUAGUAUACUGAGUGCUGGUGGAAGUGUGCCAUUUCAGAAAGCAUUGCCGGCUGAUUGGGCUGAUAUGGUGGAUAAGUUCCAGCAGGCAGCACUUGAGUCUCGGCUUGGGAUACCGCUUAUUUAUGGGAUUGAUGCAGUUCAUGGUAACAAUAGUGUUUAUGGUGCCACUAUAUUUCCUCACAAUGUUGGACUUGGAGCUACUAGAGAUGCAGAUUUGGCUCAAAGAAUUGGGGCUGCAACUGCUCUUGAAGUUAGGGCAACUGGCAUUCACUAUGACUUUGCUCCCUGCGUAGCUGUAUGCAGGGAUCCCAGAUGGGGAAGAUGUUUUGAGUGUUAUAGUGAAGACACCAACAUUGUUCGAAAAAUGACUUCCAUUAUUACAGGUUUGCAGGGAAAACCACCGGCGGACUACCCGAAAGGCUACCCUUUUGUAGCUGGCAGAAACAAUGUCAUUGCAUGUGCGAAGCAUUUUGUUGGAGAUGGAGGCACUGAAAAGGGUAUAAAUGAAGGGAAUACCAUAUUAUCAUAUGAUGAUUUAGAGAGCAUCCAUAUGGCACCAUAUCUGGACUGUAUUUCUCAGGGGGUUUCCACCAUUAUGGCAUCAUAUUCCAGUUGGAAUGGACGUCAACUUCAUGCUGAUCAUUUCCUCUUGACAGAAAUUCUAAAAGAUAAACUAGGUUUCAAGGGUUUUGUAAUUUCCGACUGGGAAGCACUCGAUCGACUCACUGAACCUCGAGGCUCAAACUAUUGUUAUUGUAUUUCUACUGCUGUUAAUGCUGGUGUUGACAUGGUAAUGGUGCCUCUCAGAUAUAAACAGUUCAUGGAUGAUUUGACGUUUCUGGUUGAAUCUGGGGAAGUACUGAUGUCCAGGAUAGAUGACGCCGUUGAACGAAUAUUGAGAGUGAAAUUUGUUGCCGGUCUUUUCGAAUAUCCCUUCUCCGAUAGAUCUCUGCUGGAUAUAGUUGGCUGCAAGUUCAACAGUAAGCAGCCGAGUUUCCGAGACUUGGUAUGUUUGCUUGUUAGGAGAAACAUGUUUGCUACUUUUUAUCAGCUACACAGGGAACUAGCUCGUGAAGCAGUUCGCAAAUCCUUGGUUCUAUUAAAAAACGGAAAGAACCCUGAAAAUCCGUUUCUUCCAUUAGACCGAACUGCUAAAAGAAUUCUUGUUGCUGGCUCACAUGCUGACAAUCUCGGGUACCAGUGCGGUGGUUGGACCAGUACCUGGUUUGGAGGCAGUGGUAGAAUAACAAUUGGCACCACCAUCUUGGAUGCCAUUAGAGAAUCUGCAGGAGACGAAACAGAGGUGAUCUAUGAUGAAUACCCCUCAACAAACACCUUAGCAGGGCAGUACUCUUUUGCCAUUGUAGUUGUAGGUGAACCACCUUAUGCCGAAACCUUAGGCGACAACAAAGAGCUUGUAAUCCCCUUUAAUGGGAGUGAUAUAAUCAGUUCUGUUGCUGACAAAAUCCCCACAUUGGCAAUCUUGAUAUCCGGAAGACCCUUGGUUUUAGAACCUCAGGUUUUGGAAAAAGUUGAUGCUUUCAUCGCUGCUUGGUUGCCUGGAACUGAAGGGAGGGGAGUCACGGAUGUUGUAUUCGGAGAUUUUGAAUUUGAGGGUCGAUUACCAAUGACAUGGUUUAGAAGCAACGACCAGCUUCCAAUGAAUCCCGGACAAAAUUCAUAUGACCCUUUGUUUCCCUUAGGGUUUGGAUUGACAUACAAUAAGGAGAAGAAACCUCAAGAGUAAGCAACUUGUACUCUAUUUAUACAUCUUUUGUAUAAUGCAUGUAAAUGAGUGUGCUCAAUGACAUUGUCAUUAGAACCCUACCGUUUAGGUGCAAACCCGAUAUUUAUAUCAGAGCUCAAGUAACAUGGAUCAGUUUUAUUACCAUCCCUUGUUUGAAUGUAUGAAAUAAGGUCUAGCUUGCCAUUGGUGGUUGUGGUCAAGAAAAGCUCUGUUUGUAAAAGGUGCUGUGAACAAUGAUGGUUUGUAAUUUAUGUUAGGCAUUGCUAUGAAUAAACAUAUGUUAUGAAAAUUAAUAAUA